AUGUACACCGCCUCCUUCGCCUUCUUCGAAGCCCUCUGGGCCGCCGGCGUAACCCACGUCUUCGUAAACCUCGGCAGCGACCACCCCUCCAUCAUCGAAGCCAUCGUCAAAGGCCGAAACGAAAAGCGCGGCCACUUCCCCCGAAUCAUAACAUGUCCCAACGAAAUGGUCGCCAUGUCCAUGGCCGACGGGUACGCCCGCCUGACCAACAAACCUCAAUGCGUCCUCGUCCACGUGGACGUCGGAACGCAAGGUCUCGGUGCUGCGGUCCACAAUGCGAGUUGUGGAAGGGCGCCGGUGCUAAUAUUUGCCGGCUUGAGUCCGUAUACGAUUGAGGGGGAGUAUAGAGGGAGUCGGACGGAGUAUAUUCAUUGGAUUCAGGAUGUGCCGGAUCAGAAGGCGAUUGUGAGUCAGUAUUGUAGAUAUACGGGGGAGAUCAAGAGAGGCAAGAACGUAAAACAGCUCGUCAACCGCGCUCUCAGCUUCGCAACGAGUGAGCCCAGAGGUCCCGUGUAUCUCUGCGGCGCGCGCGAAGCUAUGGAAGAAGAAAUCGAACCCUACGAAAUUCAGCAGGAGUUCUGGACACCUGCUGAGCUCGGCGGGCUGAGUAUCAAACAGCUGAGGUUGGUCAGCGAGGCGUUGAUGAGUGCGGCAGAGCCACUGGUGAUCACGGGGUAUUCUGGGAGGAAUCAUAAUGCUGUGAAAGCGCUGGUGGACCUCGCGACGACGGUGAAGGGGCUGAGAGUGCUGGAUACGGGUGGGAGUGAUAUGUGCUUCCCCGCGGAUCAUCCUGCGUGGCUGGGGUUGAGGUAUGGGGUUGAUGAGAGUAUCAAGACGGCGGAUGUGAUUCUUGUGUUGGAUUGUGAUGUGCCUUGGAUCCCGACGCAGUGUAAGCCGAGGAAGGAUACGUUGAUCUUUCAGAUUGAUGUGGAUGCGUUGAAGCAGCAGAUGCCGGUGCAUUAUAUAUAUGCUAUCGCAAGAUACCGCGUCGACGCCGAAACAGCCCUCCUGCAAAUCACAGCAUACGUCAAGCAAAACAUGACCGAGAACCUCCGAUCGCCAGCCUUCCAAGACAGAUGGUCGGCUCUUCAGCAGAAACACCAGCAACGGCUCGCCACGAUUGCUUCUACCGUACAUGUCAGUGAGGAGGGAUACUUCGGCUGUUCGUACCUCAUCUCGGAGGUCCGGAAAGCUUGUCCAAAGGAUACGAUUUGGGCGGUGGAAGCUGUGACAAAUGCUGCGUUUGUGGCGGAUCAGGUGCAGGCUACGAUACCGGGGACCUGGAUUAAUUGUGGUGGUGGAGGACUGGGGUGGAGUGGAGGAGGUGCGUUGGGGAUUAAGUUGGCGACGGAUUUUGAGAAUGGUGGGACUAACCAAGGUGAUUGCAACGCAGGCGUUCGACGGUAUGUGAGCAUUGCUAACAGUUUCGCAGGCAAAUUCGUCUGCCAGAUUGUAGGCGAUGGCACCUACCUCUUCUCGGUCCCAGGUUCGGUAUACUGGAUCGCACAACGAUACAACAUCCCCGUCCUCACAAUCGUCCUGAACAACAAAGGCUGGAAUGCGCCGAGGAAGAGCUUGGAGCUCGUGCAUCCGCAUGGUGAAGGAUCGAAAGUGUCGAAUGAGGAGCUGAAUAUAUCGUUUGCGCCUACGCCAGACUACCCGGGCAUUGCGAGGGCUGCGAGUGGCGGGAAAUGCUGGGCCGAUCAUGCUGGCACUGCGCAAGAGCUGCAGGUUAAGCUGAUGCAAGCUGUUGCUGCUGUGCAGAGCGGUGUCUCUGCUGUUCUUGAUGCGCAUCUUGAUGGACCGCAGGGUAAGUAUCCUGGUGAGAAGGCGGCGUUGGUAGGGUAG